UGGGGAUCGUGGGGGGCGGAAGGGGAAGUAUACGUGGUAGGUAUGUUGCGGGGUAGCGAAAUAAGUCUAUUAUAGACCUAUCAUAGCACUGUUAAAUCAGUCAUUUUAGGGAGAAUUACAGUGGGGGUGAGUCAUUGUUAUUUCAUUCUUCACCUCCGUUACUAUUAUCUAGUGACGACAUCGGCUCCGUCGUUAAUAAAUUCUUAACGUCUUCCUAAUAUUUCCGAAUCCCUAUUCUCGGACCCAUGCCGUAUCCACUCUCAUCCUCCUCUAUUCCUCUAUACACUCACUAAAGGUACGCUUCUAUUGGGUUUAUAUUCCUUGAGGUUACGAACAUGAUCCGCUGUCAGAUCUUAAACUUACAUAUAAAAAAUAAUAAGAGCAUCAAUUUUGUAAGCUCCAACGGUUUCAAACAGGGUGUCGCUGCUCUCCGAUGCCGCUAAACCUAGGUCUAUAAGUUGCCAAACGUUCGAAGCUACGAAGUGCUAUAUUCCCUCUAUCCAUAUUAGCCAGUUCCAUCAUUCAUCCCAUACAAGAUGGGUUCUACUGAACAGAGAGAUCGCGGUGUCCGUAUUGCCAUUGACCGGGGCGGUACCUUUACAGACUGCGUUGGAACCUUGAACGGAAAAGACGUUGUCAUCAAGCUGCUCUCUGAAGAUCCGGCCAACUACGAAGAUGCGCCGCUGGAGGGCAUCCGACGUAUCUUAAGUCACUUCGAGGGACGGGAGAUUCCUCGGGGUGAACCUCUGGACACCUCUAAGAUCGACAGUAUACGUAUGGGGACAACGGUGGCGACAAAUGCGUUGCUGGAGCGCAAGGGCGAAAAGAUAGCCCUUGUCGUAACCAGGGGCUUCCGGGACUGUCUUGUUAUCGGUAACCAGAGUCGACCCAAGAUCUUUGACCUUGCUAUCAGGAAGCCCGAUGUUCUGUACGAGGAGGUCGUCGAGAUAGACGAGCGAGUUACGCUUGAGGACUAUGCUGAAGACCCGGAGCGGACAAUCACUAAGGCCGAUGCAAAGGCCGGGACGGCGGAAGCGCUGAAAUCCGAUUUAGUGUUAGGGCUCUCAGGGGAGACGGUCCGUAUUUUGGAACGACCAGUGGAAAGCAAGAUCAGAGACCAGUUGAAGAGCAUAUUCGACAAGGGCAUCAAAAGCAUAGCUGUGUGUCUAAUGCAUGGCUACACAUUUCCGGACCAUGAAGCCUUAGUAGGCAAGAUCGCUACGGAAGUUGGGUUUAACCACAUCUCGCUCAGCCACGAACUCAUGCCCAUGAUUAAGCUGGUCCCGCGAGCGACAAGUGUUUGUGCCGAUGCAUAUCUAACACCUGCGAUUAAGAAGUACAUCGCUGGCUUCCAGAAAGGAUUUGUUGGUGGUCUAGGAACGCGGAGUGUCCUCCAAGAAAAAGGCAGCAAAGGUGCGAGGUGCGAGUUCAUGCAGAGCGACGGUGGAUUAGUCGACGUGGAGAAAUUCACUGGAUUGAAGGCUAUCCUAUCUGGUCCUGCAGGGGGUGUGGUUGGUUACGCUAUUACAAGUUACGAUGAGGAGACCAAGAUUCCGGUAAUCGGAUUUGAUAUGGGCGGUACUAGUACCGACGUCUCACGUUAUGGAGAAGGUCGAUAUGAGCACGUCUUUGAGACGACGACUGCAGGCGUUACGAUUCAGUCACCUCAGCUCGAUAUCAACACUGUCGCUGCUGGUGGUGGAAGCAGACUUUUCUUCAAGAAUGGUCUCUUUGUCGUCGGGCCCGAAUCAGUGGGAGCUCAUCCUGGCCCUGCUUGCUACCGCAAAGGUGGCCCUGCUGCAGUGACAGACGCGAACCUGUUCUUAGGUCGCCUGCUGCCCGAAUUUUUCCCCAAGAUUUUUGGCAAAAAUGAGGAUGAGGGCCUAGAUUUUGAAGCGAGCAAGAAAGUGAUCCAGGAACUCGCUGACCAAAUUAACAAGGAAACUGGCAAAAAUAUGAGCUUGGAUGAGGUAGCAUACGGCUUCCUGACGAUAGCAAACGAAGCUAUGACACGGCCUAUCAGGUCGAUUACCGAAGCGAAGGGCCACGACUCUUCGAAGCACCGGUUGGCGACCUUCGGUGGCGCCGGCGGUCAGCACGCUGUUGCUAUCGCAGAGGCUCUAGGCAUUAAGCAGAUAUUAGUUCACAGGUACUCGUCAGUUUUAUCCGCGUACGGAAUGGCCUUGGCAGAUGUUGUCGACGAGAGGCAAGAGCCAGACUCCACAGUAUGGCAGGACAAGGGAGACGUUGUCAAUGAACUAAAAGCUAAGAUGGAAAAACUAAAAGAAAAGUCACGUAAGGCUCUGCGAGACCAGGGCUUCGAAGACAGCGAUAUUAUCUUCGAAGAAUAUCUCAACAUGAAAUAUCGUGGAACCGAAUCAGCGCUCAUGAUUAUUAAACCUGACGAGGAGAAGGCGAAGGCCUCCUAUAACGGUGAGGACUGGGCUUUCGGCAAGGCCUUUGUGGACCACCAUCGCUACGAAUUUGGAUUCACUCUGGAUGACAGAGACAUCAUUGUAGAUGAUGUCCGGGUUCGCGGUAUCGGGAAAAGCUUCAGAUACCAGGACAAGACUGUAGAUCAGCAGUUAAGAGACGUCAAGCGGCAAUCUGUUGGUGACCAGAAAGCGCAUGGCAAGUCUCAAGUUUACUUUGAAGGCGGCCGACUGGAGACGCCUAUCUAUAAACUGGAGGAUCUAUCUGUUGGUGACGAAAUCAACGGACCGGCCGUACUCGCGGACGGCACACAAACUAUUGUUGUGACUCCAAAGGCGAAGGCGCUAAUUCUAGAAACGCAUGUCAUUAUUGACCUAGAAAAGAGCAGCAAGGAUGACUCCAAUAAGAAGGAUUCCUCUGAACGAAAGGCCGAUCCCAUUCUGCUGAGUAUCUUCGGCCAUCGUUUUAUGGCUAUUGCAGAGCAAAUGGGCCAUGCGCUGCAAAAGACGAGCGUGAGUACAAACGUGAAAGAGCGUCUUGACUUCUCGUGCGCUAUAUUUGACGCCUCCGGUGGACUCGUGGCUAAUGCACCGCAUUUGCCUAUCCACUUGGGAUCUAUGUCGACUUGCGUCAGGACGCAAGCCGAGAUCUGGGAGGGUAAGCUCAAAAAGGGAGAUGUAAUCAUGUCAAAUCACCCGUCAUAUGGUGGUACGCAUCUGCCAGACAUAACUCUUAUCAUGCCUGCCUUUAAUAAAAAGGGGGACAAGAUUUUAUUUUACGCAGCGUCAAGAGCGCAUCAUGCAGAUAUCGGCGGAAUUACCGCAGGCAGUAUGCCACCUCUUUCGCGGGAAUUAUUCCAAGAGGGUGCGGCGAUAGAGAGCGAGAAGAUUGUCAGCGAGGGUAAAUUUAACGAAAAGAGAAUCACGGAAUUACUUUACGAUGAACCAGCAAAAUAUCCUGGCUGUAGUGGAACCAGAUGUUUGGCAGACAAUAUCAACGAUCUCAGAGCGCAGGUAUCUGCGAACCAAAAGGGUAUCUCCUUAAUCGAAGGCCUUAUUAAUGAGUACGGCGAAGACACUGUACAAUUCUACAUGGUUAGCAUUCAGAACAACGCAGAGCUCUGCGUCCGGCAAUUAUUAAAGAAAGUCUACAAAAAGUUCGAAGGGAAAGACCUGUCUGCAGUGGAUUACAUGGACGACGGAACGCCAAUUCAGUUACGCGUCACCAUCGACCCUGAAAAGGGAGAGGCAGAGUUCGACUUCGAGGGUACGGGGCCUCAGAUCUACGGUAAUGUCAAUGCGCCUGAAGCCAUUACGUACAGCGCUAUCAUCUACUGUCUGCGCUGUCUGAUUUCCGAAGACAUCCCUCUAAACCAGGGCUGCCUUAAACCUGUCAAGGUCAAAAUUCCACCCAAGUCACUCCUGUCGCCGUCGACGGGCGCUGCAGUGGUAGGUGGCAACGUAUUGACCAGUCAGAGGGUUACGGAUGUUAUAUUAAAAGCAUUCCAAGCGUGUGCUGCCAGCCAGGGUUGCUGCAACAACCUGACGUUCGGGUUCGGAGGAAACGUCUCGGGAGAGAAAGAAGUCAAGGGCUUCGGGUACUACGAGACGAUCGCAGGUGGAAGCGGUGCGGGUCCGGACUGGGAAGGCACUAGUGGCGUCCACGUACACAUGACGAACACGCGCAUUACCGACUCUGAAGUGUUCGAGCGACGGUAUCCCGUCCUUCUACACGAGUUUUCCAUCCGCAAGGGAUCGGGUGGUAACGGGCAACACCGUGGCGGCGACGGAGUUAUCCGCGACAUCGAAUUCCGGAUCCCUAUCCAAUGCUCGAUCCUCAGCGAGCGACGAGUCUACCGACCUUACGGCCUGGCCGGUGGCGAGGACGCCGAGUGCGGCCUCAAUAUCUGGGUGCGUCGCGUGCAAAAGGCCCACCCGGAGAAGGACCUCGCCACGCAAAGCGCGCACGCGUCGCAGCAGGACGGCAAGGACGACGCCGAGUACGAGGUUCGCUAUAUCAACUUGGGCGCCAAGAACAGCGCUCCGAUGAAGCCCGGCGACCACAUCAUCGUCAAGACGCCCGGCGGAGGGGGCUGGGGCAAGGUGGGGGGCGAGAAGAUUGAGAGGCUGCGGAAAGAUCACACGGAGGCUUGGAGGAAGGGGAGCCAUUCCGCCAGGGAAGAUACUGCUUUGCAAGCUUAGGGUGGCUUGGCUCAGGGGGCUAUAGAUAGAAGAAGCUAUCUUUCCCUGUAUGUACCCAAUGUAUCUAGGUCGGAGGUAUGUAUUGUAUCUAACAGGUAGGAUAGAUAGUCUAGAUAUGAGAAGCAUAAAAAAGAAAACACGUUACUCCUUCAAAACCCCUUCACCCCAACCCCCCCUUUUUUGACGCGCGUCGUAGGGGGGUAUUCGUAGAAGUAGGCAGUUUUCUUGGUGAUGCUAUACCCCUAUCUUAUUUAAGUCGCGCCGCCUAUAGAUCCUAACUUCUCCUUACCUUACGUACCUAACCUGUUAUUACACGGGGCCAUUACCUGUCUACCAGGCACCUAGCAUCUAGGAAGGUAACCAAAUAUGUAACU